AUCCCAAAUUACUAAAAAUAAAUAGUGUAAACGACAGAAAAAAGACACUUAAACUGGAAACCGGAGCCAACACGCCACGAACUCAUAUGUUGAAGAUUUUGUGAGAGAAUAACAGGGACUUGAUUUCCUCGACGAGCAAGUCCAAUGGCGGACCAAGGUAAUCGAUCUUUACUCCAAUUCGCACCGUUUCAGAGCGCAGUGGACGAGGGUUUCUGGCAUAGACUUUCUUCUUUGAAGCUUAACAAACUUGGGAUUGAUGACUCUCCUAUUCCCAUUACUGGUUUCUAUGCUCCUUGUUCUCAUUCCCAAGUAUCAAAUCAUUUAACUCUUUUAGCUGAGUCUUUGCCUGAUGAAUUGAGUGAACAAUCAACACUAACAGUCGCAAGUCUAGGCAAUCGAAACAGGUGUUCUGUCCAUGGUAUCCUUUACAACACCAAUACGGUGGAAAACUUUUAUUCACUUGACAAAAUGAGCUUGUUAAAAGAAGAAGCAAAGAAGAUUUGGGAGGACAUUCAUACUGGAAAAGCUAUGGAGGACAGUUCUGUGCUUUCAAGGUUCCUUCUCAUCUCUUUUGCAGACCUGAAGAAGUGGACUUUUCAUUAUUGGUUUGCUUUUCCUGCUCUGUUACUUGAUCCCCCAGCUACCUUGGUAGAUUUGAGGCCAGCUUUGCAGUAUUUUAGCACUGAAGAGGCUGAAUCCGUUUCGGAAGCAUGCAAUGCGUGGCGAAACUCAAGCUCAACAGUAGAUAUUCCAUUCUUUUUGAUCAGUGUUGAUGCAAAUUCAAAUGCCACUAUUAAGAAUCUUAAGGACUGGGAAACCUGUCAAGGUGAUAGCAAUAAGUUGUUCUUUGGGUUUUAUGACCCAUGCCACCUUCCGAACAAUCCUGGUUGGCCCUUGCGGAACUUCCUUGCACUCAUUUGCUCAAGAUGGAACCUCAACUCAGUUAGAUUUUUAUGCUACAGAGAGAAUCGUGGUUUUGCUGACUUGGGAUCAUCCCUUGUUGGUGAAACCCUAAUUGCAGUUCCACAAGGAUGGAAUGAUCGUCAAUGUGUUCCUAAUGCAGUGGGAUGGGAACUUAAUAAAGGGAGAAAGAUGCCUCGAUGCAUUAGCCUUGCUAGAUCUAUGGAUCCCACUAGGUUGGCCAUAUCUGCUGCAGAUUUGAAUUUAAAACUAAUGAGAUGGCGUGCUUUGCCUUCUUUGAACUUAAACAUCUUGUCCGGGCUAAAGUGUCUUCUCCUAGGAGCUGGUACACUUGGGUGUCAGGUGGCUCGUAUGCUCAUGGCGUGGGGUGUUCGAAAAAUUACGUUACUUGACAAUGGGAAGGUAGCUAUGUCUAAUCCUUUAAGGCAAUCCCUGUAUACAUUGGAUGAUUGCCUUGAUGGAGGUGAGUUUAAAGCCACAGCAGCUGUUAGAAGUCUCCAGCGAAUAUUUCCAGCUGUGGAAGCAGAGGGUGUUGUGAUGGCUAUACCAAUGCCUGGGCAUCCAGUUUCUAGCCAAGAAGAACCUAGUGUGCUUGAUGAUUGUAAACGGCUGCAUGAUCUUAUUGAUUCUCAUGAUGUAGUUUUCUUGUUGACUGAUACAAGGGAAAGUCGGUGGCUACCUUCACUUCUAUGUGCCAAUUUUAAUAAGAUAACUGUAACUGCAGCUUUAGGGUUUGAUAGCUUUUUAGUUAUGCGACAUGGAGCAGGACCUCUUAGCUCUGAACACGCCUUGAAAAAUGAAGCAGUAAAUGCUUUAUCUGUUGAUUUGAGCAAUCUUGACAUGGUGGAUAAUCAUGAAAGGCAAAGAUUGGGCUGCUAUUUUUGCAAUGACGUGGUUGCUCCUAUUGAUUCAACUGCCAACCGCACUUUGGACCAGCAGUGUACUGUUACACGGCCGGGGCUUGCUCCAAUUGCUUCGGCCCUAGCAGUGGAACUCUUGGUGGGAGUCUUGCAUCACCCUCGUGGGAUAUUUGCAGAAGGUGAGGUUUCAAGCUCUAUUACUACUGGGAAUAGUGAGCUGCCUCUUGGUAUUUUACCGCACCAAAUCCGAGGUUCACUCUCACAGUUUUCUCAGAUGAUGCUUGUGGGUCAAUCCUCAAACAGUUGCACAGCUUGUUGUGGCACAGUUGUAUCAGAAUAUAGGAAAAGGGGAAUGGAGUUCAUUCUCCAGGCGAUUAACCUUCCUACUUAUCUGGAGGAUGUUACUGGACUAACGGAGUUGAUGAAAUCGGCCAACUCUUAUAGUUUAGACUGGGAUGCAGAGUCGGAUGCCGAUGCAGAUGAGGAUGAUUGUGUUGAAAUCUAAGUUAUUAUUUUCAUUGUUCUUCAAUUUAAUUUAACAUAUUGUUUCUGCUUCAAUACCAUUGUAAGUGGUUCAAAACUGAAAAAUGUUAAAAUAAGGGUUUUUAUUUUAAUCAUAUAUAAAUGAUAUUGAUCAGUUAGUUUUAAAAUCAUAUACAAAGGUAUUUGAUCAAA